UUCAAGGGGAAAUUAGGAUAAGGGUUAAUUAGGAUAAGGAAAGGUAUUGGGAUGUGGUAAUCAGCAUUAUUAGGGAGAUAAUGACUGAUGAUCCUAUUACUAAAUGUGUCAGGAGUGGGAUAUAUAUAUUAACUACAGGAGAUGGGAGAUAAUUCCACUCUUGGAUGCUGCGGGGAAAGUGAAUAUAUUUGAAUAUACUAUAGUGUUAAGUCUGUUAUAAGUGUGGUAUUUAAGGUUGUGGUUGCCUCUAGUGGUUCCUGUAGGCUAUACGUAUAUAUAUAAUUGUCGGGUGUAUUUUAGCAAAGUGUCUGAUGUAGUGCUGUAAUCAAUCUGUAAUUCACUAUAUAUCACUACGUUUUGUUCCUGGAUCCUGUCAUAUUACCACAAGAGCGGCAAACACCAUAUUUGACUCAGUCCAAACCAGAGGAAGUUAUAUAUCACCCCCAGCAUUGAUCUCUUCCAUGGUAUAAUCCUUCACAAUAUGCAUGAGUGUGUGUCAGUCCACGUGGGCGGUGCGGGCGUGCGGCUGGGCGGGUCGCUCUGGCCCCUGCUGUGCGCGGAGCAUGACCUGGCACCCUCCGCUGACCACCGCGCGGGGCAGGCUGAGGGGCGGGACUGUGCCACUGAUGCCCCCGAGGCCUUAUUCACCCUUUCCGAGGCAGGACGGUACACGCCUAGGGCCUUGUUGGUGGACAAUGAACCCAGCGCCAUUGAUGAGGUUCGAAAGGGUUACUGCAGAGAUCUCUUUCCUCCUGGCCAGCUCGUGACAGGGAAAGAGGAUGCUGCGAACUGCUAUGCGCGGGCCUACUACAGACAGGACUCCAGUGGGUUAGUGGAUAUGAAGACUGUGAUGGAACAAAUUCGCAAAACAACCGAAAUUUGCGAUGAUCUACAGGGGUUCUUGAUCUUCCACUCCCUCGGGGGCGGCACGGGGGCGGGGACGACGUCAGCGGUGAUGGAGCACUUGACGGCUGAGUACCCGCGGCAGACCAAGAUCACCUUCGCCGUCUUCUCGUCAGAUCGUUACAUGCAGUCCACCGUUCAACCUUACAACUGCGUCCUGGCCUCCCAUGCUAUGAUGCCACACGCUGACUGCACCUUCCUGCUUGACAAUGACGCUGUGGUCGAUCUCUGCGCCGUGAAGGGGAAGAUCCGCCACCCAAGCCUCGAUGAUGUCAACAGUCUCACGGCGCAAGUCACGUCUUCAGUCACUCUCGGUCUCCGCUCUUCGGGGCCUUUUCUCAGCACCUUACAAGAGUUCCCCGUCAACCUGGUGCCUUUCCCGAGACUCCACUUCCCGCUGGUCUCCUAUGCUCCUGUCAUGGACGUGGAGCAGCCCGGGGAAGAUCUUGAAAGCCCCAGGAGUCUGACACUCUCAUGUCUCGACGCGGAAUCCCACCUGCAGAAGUGCGACCCGAGGAAGGGGCGUUACGCGGCCUGCUGCCUCCUCUACCGCGGUGAUGUGACUCCAGUGGAUGUCAAUACGGCCAUUGCUUACAUUAAGGCGAGAAGGAAGUUUGAUUUCGUUGACUGGUGUCCCACAGGGUUCAAAAUCGGUAUCAACCCCAAGGGGCCUUACGCUUCACCCGGUCAGCGGCACUUUGGGGUCCCUCGCUCCGCCCUUUGCAUGCUCGCCAGCAACUCUGCCAUCGCCGAGCUCUGGGGGACACUCACGGACAAGUUUGACCUCAUGUUUGCCAAGGGUGCGUUCCUCCACUGGUAUCUGAGUGAGGGAAUGGACAUGGAGCAGCUCGUGGAUGCCCGGAAUGACUUGGCAGCCCUCGAGAAGGAAUAUGGGGACCUGUUUGCCUCGACGUGGAAUGGAAGUAAUGGUAGCAAAGCCUUGGGGCAUAAGUUUUGUCCUGGUGACUCGACAGGCAUAUAGAUGACCUACUACUUGAACUUGUGAAUAAUAUAACUUAGUUUAAUGUGGAUGAGGCUUAUUUUUUUAUUGACAUUGCUUGUUUUGGAAUGUACUACCAUGCAUUACACACAUAUAGGGAUCGAUAACCGGCACUUGACACCUCUUCAGGCCUUCAGUGGGGCAGGAUAUCAAUGAACUUUCUGCUAGUUUUUAUAAUCGAUCUGGGACAGUGAUAUAUAAAAUUCUAUUCCCCUCCAGUUUUUUCUUUUUUUUACAACUAAGGAUACAGCUCAAGGGCACAAAAAAGUAAAUAAUAAUAAUAAUAAAAAAAGCUCGGUACUCCCACAAAGAAUCCAAAGAGGUGGCCGAGAGAGAGGUCAAUUUCGAGAUCUUCCACAAGCCUUUUUUCCUUUGAUUGUAUACCUAAUUCAUUACCCCACUCACUCAUCCUUACUAAAAUAUAUAUAUGUCCAAGGCAUCUUAAGUCUUCCAAAUACUUUCUAAGCCUUCUCUCAUAUAUUCAACCUCUUUAUCCUCCUAGCUACAAAUCUAUUCCCCUCAUUAUCUUCCCACAAGCCUUUUUCCUUGAGUGUGUACCUUAUUGAUAACUCCCGUCACCCAUCCUUACUUAUAUAUAUGUCCAAUGCAUCUCCGAGCAGCCUUGCAUACACCCUUUAAGCCAUCUCUCAUACACACAUCAACCUUCUCACCCUCCCAGCAAUGACCAAUUCACACAGACACUACUAAGAUAUCCACCACAUUUUCCUGUCUGCUAUUAUUAAUCCUGAACACUCGAAAGGUAUAUGGUUUUCUAAGAGGACAAAUUAAAGGGUUGUUUCUUCA